CUCUGUCCCAGACUGUCCGACCCAGACCUCUCAGGGGCGAUCUACUGCACGCACACCAUACGGUGACCAAGAGAAGGUGACGCAUGCUGUCUUUUGCUUCCUCCGAGGAGGUCAUAAGAGCGUGAAUGAACCCUGAUGGAGUUCAGCUGAUUGGAUUCGGCUAGUUGCAAGGAGCGCUCUGAUUCAGGUCAAUUGUGCUUUCAAAAGUGUUCAACGCCUCAGAACUGAGCGAAGAGGUCUGCCAGGCUAUGCACACAUCUUAUGCAAAAAGGGGACGGAAGCGCGGGCCUUUCUACACUCAGAUGGUGUUGCUGCUCCGAUCGGCGCACAAGUUCCUCCGCCGCAAUUGGCGCGCCGAUUGGCGCCGUACGCUCAAAGCCUUCCUACUUCUCACAGCAGCAUUUGCUCUCCUUUGGUUUCUUUUGCUACCAAUCCUGCCAGCAAGUAAGAGCACAGACAUGGCAACUGCAGCUGGCCCCCUCCGUCUGGUCUUCCUAACCCUAGAAUACAAAGCGGGGACGUUCUCAGGGAACGGCAUCUACGCGCAGUCCCAGGUGCGGUCGCUAACUAGACUGGGGCACCGGGUGUUUGUCAUCAGCGCAGCACCAGAAGCGUCCCCCUCAACCAGCAAAACCUCAGACGAAUACGCUCUGAUAGAGAUCCCUGUUCCCGUAUGGGGGCGAUUGGACCGCAAGUCCGGCUGGCGCGAGUUUUCCGAGGGGAUCACCCCGGCAAUUUGUACGCAGGUUGUGUCAUUCGCCCCUCAUUGGGCCCUUGUUGUUGACUGGUCCGCGAUCGGCACCUACAAGCGCCUUGUAAAUGCAGACUGCUGGGGUGAGGGGGGUGUGAAUAAGCCCCCACUGGCCUAUUUGAACUAUAGGAUAUAUGCUGUGACGGAAUAUAAGAGGCGGGACGAUGAGGACCGGGAGGCAGAUCAGGAGUUCUACCGGAUGGCGGAGUCUUCGGCGGUUGGGAUGGCAUCAGCGAUCACGGCGUUGAGCACAGCUGAUGCAAGGUAUCUAGAAGUCGAUCUAGGCGACGCGCGCCGCAAAGAGGUUGUUCCGAAGGCGCUGCUGCCACCUCUAAGGGAGGAUAUCCGCCAGAUAGCACUGUCCAAAGAUAAAGGGGGGAGCAAUCAAGGAUGGGAGAAAGGGCGUUUGUACUUUACGUGUUGCGUGAGACUGUCGGAGGAAAAGAAUGCGAUGCUGUUUGCUGCUGUGCUUGAAGAGCUUGCUCCAUGGCUCGAGACGGUCGGCAUUCAGCCGCUUCUGUGCGGAGGCGCCGCCAAAGCCGAGGAGGGGUCUUACGCGCAAGCCGUGAAGGAGCGGGUGAGCAAGGCGGCGCCAGGUGUCGUGCUAAAAGACGGCUUCUUGCCACCCGAGGGCUUGGCCGAGGUCUUCUCUAGAACUCUACUUAACUUCCACCCGUGCGUCUAUGACGCAUACGGCAUGACUAUCGUCGAAGCAGCCGCGUUCGGCGUGCCGUCCGUCGUCAACAAAGGCACAGCAGGGGCGGUGGGCGCGGCGGAUCUGCUGCGGAUAAGGGACGGGAUGGCGAUCGGGGUCAACCUGGAACGGAAGCCGGCGCAAAUCGCGGAGGCUGUGAAAGAAGCGCUUUUGGACAGGAGGAAGCUAGCUGAAGUCGGUACCGCUGCCGCUGGAAAAGCGAUGGCAUGGAGCGAAGAAGCGAACGCAAAGGAGCUUGUGGACAUUCUGAGGUCCUCGCCUCGACUCCCACCUUCCAGGCCCGGACCAGAAGACGCCGUGUUGUAGACGCUUGACCUGCUGGAAUGCAAGUCUGCUUCCAUGUUGUAGCUUCUGCACGAACACGUCUUCCUUCAGAAUGCUUCACACGGGUUUGAUUACAUGUACGAUGGUUCGUAUAUGUAAUCAAACAGGUGCUUGAAGGGUUUAACCAUAAUACACGUCAGCCUUGUCAGGAUGAUACAUGUUGUUUCUGGCCUGGCCGUCGAUUCGGAUGCUCAGAUCGAAAUACAAGUUUGAACUUGCUCUUGAGCAUGCAGCUGAGAGCUCACUUCACAGCGAAUUCGUACCCCACUUUCCGGCUAAGCCGAUCAUGGCACUCGGUCAAGGUGA